AUGGAAAAUUCAAAAAACGCUCUCGACUCCCAACGGUACUCGGAGGAAUCCGAUCAGCUUGAGCGAAGCACGCGGAAGAGAAAGGUGACUGAUGAUGCCGCCGGCACUGCGUCGACGGAGCCGACCGAGACUACGCCCCUGGAGCAGCUGUCGCCUGCGGAAGUGGAGGUUGUCUCUGAAACGCCACUGAAUGAUCCCACGGGUACGGCCAUGCAGAUCGAAGGCGAUGGCGGGAUUAAUCACGAAGCAGUGGCUGACCAUGCUACUGAGUCGCCACCGCAAGCGUCGAUCAUGGAUGCCUUGCCUAGAUCUUAUCGUGAUUCAGUGGUGGGCAGCGGCUCAGGAGCGGCUCCUUUUUUGCUGGCGAACCUAUCAGACGACGAGGUUGAGGCCGAUCCGAUGGGGAAUGAAGAUCUGGGGCUAGAGGAUUCCGAUCCCCUUUGUCCUAGGAUUCGAUUCACUGCGAAGGAGAAGGAUCAGAUCAGGGCACCGUGGAGGCAAUCUUUGAUUAUCAAAGUGAUGGGUCGCCGUGUAGGUUAUGCAUAUCUUCUGCAUCGUUUGAACACGAUGUGGCAUCCAAAAGGACGUAUGGAAUUAAUAGCGUUGGAGAAUGACUACUUUCUGGUCCGUUUCGGGAUGGUGGAGGAUCUGGAAUUCGCUAAAUUUGAAAGCCAUUGGAUGAUCUUAGAUCACUACCUGAUUAUAAAGGAUUGGGUGCCAAAUUUUGACCCUUUUGAGGACGCAAUCGAGAAGGUGUUGGUGUGGGUGCGAUUUCCGAAUAUCCUAGUGGAAUAUUAUAAUCUCCUUUGCUUGAGGAGAAUCGACAACAAACUUGGGAGAACCGUUCGCAUAGAUCACACGACAAGUUUGGUUUCUAGGGGGAAAUUAGCAAGAGUUUGCGUUGAAAUCGAUAUCACAAAGCCGCUUCUUCCAACUUUUACUUUGGAAGACAAGGUUUGGAAGGUGGCGUACGAGGGCAUUCAUCUGGUGUGUUUCUCUUGUGGACUUUAUGGCCAUCGCCUAGAUUCUUGCCCUCACACUCCGGUGGAACAAGCGGGAAACGAAACAGACAUGGGUCAAGAGGUGGCUGACUAG